GUGAAAUCACCUCGCAAAACAGACGGCUUUUGGACCCCGGUGCCAACGGCAUACAUUGCAUUAGCCUAUAUCUCUUUUCAUACCGUUCUCAACAACGCCUGAAUUUACACCUGAGCAUUUGGACAAGAAGAGAGUGGCUCUGUAGAAUUCACGAGCUUUUUUGUAACUGGAGGUUUCCCUCGUUGAUGCAGACGCGUGACCAGCAUUCCAUGGGCUCGCUUGUCUCAUGUGCCCGUGAUAUCGUGUUGGGUAUCACAGUUGUGACGUUCGUGCGACUCGCAGUUACCAGCGUACGAUAGCACUGUGGUCUGGCCAGCACGCAACCCAGUCGUCGUCCCAGAUUCCACGGCUAGGGGAAACUGUGCUCACUUUGAACCUACGUGCAAGCACACAGCCACAGGUAGGUUCAGUUUGCGUCGAGGGCCCUUAGCCAGCGUGAGGAUUGUGUUGAACGCUCGAGAGAAACGUUAGAGCUAACCAAUGCGUAUUUUCUUCUGCAAUGAUUGAUUUAAACCCUUGCCUAGCAUCCUCAUCGACGUGGAGAAUUAUGGAUGUCCGACUCUUCCUUGGUGCCAUCUUACUUCUCACACCACUUGACAUGUGUCAUGGAAAUAGAGAUAACCAGAUUUUAAAGCAGGCACGGUUUGAAGAUCCCAAAAGCCGGACUGUUUUUCACCGCGAGGUGGCAGCAGACACAUAUGCUGACCAUGACGAUCGCUUGCGUGUGAGGAGGGACACCGCUGACACUGGUCAACCGGCUGGAGUAGGCUUCCCCCUGAAUGACGGUCUACCGCCCCCUGGAGGUCAAUUUCCCCCUUUUGCGCCCAAUGGAGACCCUAGUACUAUGGCGCCCUCUGUCGAUGUGACACCAAGCCAAACUUCUGCCGACAACGCGUCACCACUGUUCUGCGCAAGUUACGUCAAGAUUUUGAUCUGCUUCAUCUCUUGGUAUUUUCUACAAAAGGCUGUGUAGCAACCUGCGGCAAAAGAAACGGUUUAAUCUUUCUAUAUCCAUUUGUUUCUCCCUUCCAUUGCGCAACUCCUUAUUUCCCCACGUAUAACCUUGUAAGAUUUAUUUUCUCCAAACCUGGUUCAAAAAUCAAAAUAACGAACUCUUUCCUCUUCAUAAAAUAAGAUUUUUAGCCCUUUCCUUUAUACGUUUAAUUUAAAUGAAUCUUAACCCCAUUUACUUCAAGCCAUUUUUACCGAUAAAUGCUCCUUUUACAUUUUAUGUGACAUUUUGUUUAGUACCCCGUUUGUUUGUGACUUUACUUUAGUGUUUACAAUUAAAAGAAGCUGUUUUGGACAUUUUCGGAACCGAGCAACGACUUUACCACAGUGUUUAAAAAAUGGGUCUUAGACCAAAAAAAAAUUUGUUUGUCUCUGGUCAGACUGCUGUCCCAGAAUUGAUGCGGCGACGCUUGCUGCUCCCCCCCUCCCCCGGGUUGGAUUGUACACACAAUUGCAGACACACGUUGUCGGAUCAUGCAACUAGACCAGCUUUAUUAUGAUUAUAGGCUGAGAGCAAACAACUUCUUAUCCAUAGUCUGCUGUCAUUGUUCAACAUCAAUCUCGUCGGGAUCUAUCCCCCUGAGUAAAAAAUCAAGCUGCCCGCAAAAAAUGUUAAGGUAGUGCUGCAGUAGAGGGUGCUGUUGCAGCGCUCCCAGAAAAAAAAAAACGCUCAUGCUUGAAAUCGACACGCGCAAUGACCACUGACGAAAGACACUGGGGGCCUCAUAUUAUUAUCUGGGUGUUUGAAAUGCAAAAGGAUUUUAAUAAAGGUUACGAUACUUGAAAUAUCUUGAGAAUUCAAUGAAAGCCGCCAUGGAAUGAAUGGCAGCAAAUAGAUUAUUUGGUAUCAAGACGUCAUUUUAUAGCUAAUUGUUGUACCUUAAAAUGAAAUAAAAUCCCACUUGAGCGUCCCAACCUUUCGAAAUUUCACCCGUUGGCAUCCAAAUUUCCGUUUUCAAAAGCGAACCAUGUCUAUGAAAUAAAUAGUCAGGCACAGCGUUGCAAAUGCCAUUAACAUAAAAUAAACUAAUAAUGUCGUCGGCAGAGGUCAUUUUUCCAUUCCCUGCAUAGUUCUUGUGAUCAUACUGUAGGAUAGCAUGCAGGUGUGCCCAAAGACCAUCACCUCCUGGAGACAUUGCUAAGCCUGUAAAAUAUAUCAGGAAAACUGUAUAACCAAAUAGGACUGCGACCCAAAGUGUAAACGCGUGGACAACAAAAUCAACAAAAUAAAUAAAAUUAGCAUUUUUAAUAAAGUAAGUUUGUCUAAUAAGCCCACUCUAUUAGCAAAUCCCAAAGUAACGAUAAUCUGAGCAUUCCUUUUCUUUGAUCAUAUCAACGCCGUGUUAUAUUCACACAGUGCGAAACUUUUAUCACGAUGAAUAUAUGUGUCAAUCCAGCAGGCCUAACUAGAGAGUUAGAUGUGCCUCAUUACGAACCCUUAAGUUCAGGCUGGCCUUAGGUUGGAGCGACCUUGCACGCAUUGCGACAGUCUUACAGUGAGCGACGAGCGAUUUUU